UGUCCCCAAGGAAAGCUUAACUCUACUUCCCACUGCCCCCGCCCUCACAGUCUUAAAUCAAAACCAAAACCAAAUGCUCCCAUCCUCCAACAUCUUCAUCAGUAAUGGCACCCACCGACCCUGAGCGUGGGCCGCAACCCCAAGCCGGCGUGCUCAAGGCCCAGGCCAUCAGCAGGACGUGGACUCGGCGGUCGCUCUGGAUAGCAUACGCUGGAAUGUUCCUGAUGUGCAUCUCGACCUCCUUGGACCAGCAAACGACCAACAACCUCGUCUCCUUCGCCACGUCGUCCUUCAACUCUCACUCGCUGCUCUCCACCGUCGCCGUAAUAACUAACAUCCUCAACGCGGUGAUGCAGCCACCCAUCGCCAAGUUCUCCGACGUCUUCGGGCGGACCGAAGCGUUCACUCUCGCCAUAACACUGUACAUCCUCGGCGCAGCCCUGACCGCAAGCAGCGGAUCCAUCGCCGCGUACACUUUAGCCAAAGUCUUCGACGCGGCCGGCAACACAUCCUUACGGAUGCUGCAGCAAGUGUUCAUAGCAGACACCUCUGACCUCCUAAACCGCGCGCUGAUGAGCUCGCUGCCAGACGUCCCCUUCCUCGCGACCGUCUGGCUCGGCCCCGUGAUCGGCGGGCCCCUCGCCACGCGCGGCGCCUGGCGCUGGGCAUACGGCAUGUGGGCGCUCAUCACGCCCGUGUGCUCCGCGCCGCUAUUCUGGUGCUUGUGGGCGAGCGAGCGGAAGGCGCGGCGGGCGGGCGCGCGCAUCACAUACCCGUGGCGCGGCGGCGGGUGCUGGGCGGGCGCGCGCCGCCUCGCCACCGAGCUGGACGUGGGCGGGAUGCUCCUGCUUACCGCGGGGUUCGCGCUGCUGCUGGCGCCGCUGACGCUGCGACAGGGCGGCAGCGGCUGGAACCAGCCGGGGAUCAUCGCCUGCUUCGUCAUCGGCGGGGUGGCGCUGCUGCUGUUCCCCGUGUGGGAGUCGCGCGCGCCGCACCCCAUCGUGCCGCUGGAGCUGUUCAAGAACCGCACGGUGGUGGCGGGGUGCACGCUCGGCCUCUUCUACUUCGCUGCGUUCUUCCUGUCGGUCCAGCCUUACUUCUUUUCGUACCUGGUUGUGGCACGCGAUCAUGGCCCCGUCGCCGCGGGGCAUAUCGUACAUAUAUUCUCGUUUGCGUGCACGGUUGCGGUGCUGGGGGCAGGUGCGGUGAUUAAGCGCGUGGGAGAGUAUAAGCGGAUUCUGUUGGUGGGGGUGGCGGCGUAUACAACGGGUAUAGGCCUCAUGCUGAGGUUUCGCACGAGGGAGGCGAGUACUGCGGCUGUGGUAAUAGUGCAGGUCCUUGUCGGGGUGGGUGGUGGAUUGAUCAAUGUUCCCACGCAGCUGGGGAUCCAGGCGAGUGUGGGCAGUGGAGACGUGGCGUGCGCGACCGCCGUGUUCCUGACUACGGUGUCGCUGGGCGGCGCGGUGGGCAGUGCCGUGAGCGGCGCUGUGUGGAGUCGCCUGCUGCAUGCGAAGCUGGUGGCGUAUCUCCCCGAGGAGAGCAUGGGGAUGCUGGAGAAUAUCUUUGGGGAUUUUACUGUAGCGAAGGCGUUCCCCAUGGGUGGGGAGACGAGGGUGGCCAUUGGGAGGGCCUACGAUGAGACGAUGCGCACGCUGCUGAUCAUCGCGCUGUGUGUGUGUGCGCCGCUGUGGCCGAUGGCGCUGUGUAUGAAGAGCUUGAAGCUGCGGGAUGUCGAGACGGAGGAGAAGGGGGUGAUUAUUGGGGGAGGGAGGAAGGUGGAGGUGGAGGACGAGGGGCAGCAGGAGGUGGAGGACGAGGGGCAGCCGGAGGGUGGGAAUGAGUUGGAUGAGAGGAAGGCGUAGGUUGCAGGAGAUGUCACUCGUCUGGUCUUGGGGACAGUCUAUUAGUUUUAGUAUUCCCCCAUUCCUUCAGUAUUUGCAAGCAAUUAAUGUUCUCUCUAUUCCGCCAGCUACACAAACAAGUACGCAGUAGUAAACCAAAUCAACCAGUAUAACAGCAAUGGUAUCACAUCUAUCGCAAACCCCACCAUCUAUCCAAAAGCGCACAAAACCAAAACAAGAUC